AUGUAAAAAUUAAAUUCUGAAUUUUGAUGAAAAUGUUGGAAAAAAUAUUUCAUCCUUUUACAUAUUUUUCUGACAAGAACUAAUAAUCUGUAGCUAAGUAUGUCUCUCAAGGUCGCUAUAUUGAAAUAUAUUUUAUACAAUAUUCAUCAAAUUUGAUGUUUGAUCUUUAUUCAAUAAUACUAAAUAUACCUCAAAUAUAUUUUCUGUAUGUUCAAAGUCUAAAACCUACCAUUAUGUAUGUAAUAUCUUUUUGGGUAAAUUUCGCUACAGCGACUUCAAAAUUUGAAAAACAGUGCUUCUGAUUGAAUGGCAGGAAAUAUCAAAGACUGGUCUUCAUUUGUAAAAGAUGGCCUAUUAGAUUCAGGACUGUUCAGCGGUGUAGGACUUAUCACCAAACAAAGCAAACCCACAUAUACAUAUGGAUCUCUAACUGACAUAGAACAGUCCUGUUGGAAGCAGUUUUGUGACUUAUUCCAACUUUGGAGCAGCACAAAUGAGCAAGUUACUUCAAAGAAUCAGUUAUCAUUGACUUUUAAAGACAGCAAACAUGUCAGCUAUAAAAUCUACAAGAAAACAUUCUGCAGUGUGUAUGCAACAUCAGAGAGGAAUCAAGAGGGACUGGUUGUCUGCAAUCUUCCAUAUGGUAUACUCAUUGUCACCCAUUCACAGCCACAACCUGGUGUUAAAGCUAUAAAACUUAUUGAACAAUUCUGUGACCAACUAAGAAGGUGAUGCAUAGUGGGAAUUUUAUUGAGGGCUGUAUUGCGGUUGGAAUAUGGACCAGGAAUGCAUAAAGCUGGAUUUUAAUCUUAAAUGAACAAAUGUUGGCUAGCGUAAAUUGAGCCUUUGUCUACGCCUCUCUUUGAUUUUCCCAGACUUAAAACACAUGCAAACUUGGUAAACUAUGACCACUCUAAGUGAGGUAUUACACUAUGUGAGUCAUGUUACAUAUUCAUUAGGGAGCAUUCAAAAUAUCA